UGUCAGCUAAAAUUUGUGCCUGGGACAUCGAAGAUUAUGACCUUGUGGGGCUCUUAGACGCGGAUAUGUGCGUCAUACGUAACAUGGAUGAACUUUUAGAGUUGGAUCUGAGUGAUGAUAAAAUUGCUGCAUGUCAUGCGUGCAAAUGUAAUUCGCUUAAAAAUCCCUUGUAUCCUAAGGACUGGAUCCCAGAAAAUUGUGCAUACACGAAAGGACCAAUUUAUCCGGAAUCUACUAACAUACCACCAAUCACUAAUUCUGAAAGUUAUUUUAAUUCUGGAUUGAUAAUUUUACGUCCUUCUAAAUCGAAAUUUAAUGAAAUCUAUAACCGUCUUAUAAAUCAUGAAAACCCCGAUCAAUUACUAUUUCCGGAACAAGAUCUACUUAACGAAAUAUAUAAAGGCAAUUGGGUAGGACUUCCUUAUAUUUAUAAUGCGUUAAAGACUUUGCGUGAUUGCCAUUCAUCGAUGUGGUCGGACAAAGAUGUUAAGAAUGUUCAUUACAUAACCAAAUACAAACCAUGGAAAGAGGAUAGUAUAAUUAUGGAGCAGAAACUAGAUAGAAGGGAUAGUGAUUCGAUUUUGAAUAAUUGGUGGUGGAAAGUCUAUAGAGAUGAAGGGUGGAAUGAAGAAUUUAAAGAAUAA